AUGUGUUCUAUCUCCACAAUCUCGAACACCGUCCUGAAAAGAACUGUUCAAUUUUUUCCGUACGAUAUUUUUCCGAUCACAAAGUCAAGUACGAAGACUACUAUUACUUCUUACACUCGAUCGCAGAAGUUGAUAUUAUCGGCCAGAAGCCAUGUUCGGCGAUUCACUCCUGCUUCGUUUGCAGCUCGGGACCCACCGCAGACGCCUACGGAAAUUCCCACGGUGGUGCCGAACCGGGAGCAACCUUCAGUCCCGCUUGAAGUUCCACCGCUUACUGCCUCGCCGGAAAUAGGCCCCGAUAGUGACGUCCCUUCUGAGGUGAUCGAGAUUCCCCCGCCGUACAGCCCGGAUCCAAAGCCGGAGAUAGACUUACCUUACCCGGGUUUUCCGUCUCCUCCAGGUCCGGAUAUCAUUCCGCCCAGACAACCGCCAGGGCCAGAGAUUGAUCCGCCGAGAUGGCCUCCGCCGCCGGAUGUUCCUCCGGUGAGGCCGCCUGGGCCUGAUAUUGUGCCCCCGCCGGAUCUUCCGCCGGAUAUAAAGCCGCCAACUGGAAGCCCCACUUUUGUUUUCUAA